AUGGUUCAAAAAUGUCCUUCGAUCAACGCGGCCGAGAGGGAGCAGGAGGACUUCUGGCAAUCAGUAUUCCAUGGGGACUGGGAUGCGCAUCGCAUCGGCUGGACCAUAGCAGGUGCGGCUGCGGCCGUCACUCUCAUCAUCUCCCUCACCACAGUCAUGGGACAUGCCCUACACUUUCAUAAGCCGGCACAGCAACGGCAGAUCAUCAGAAUUCUGCUCUUCGCGCCCGUCUACGCAGUGGUGUCCUUCCUGGGCUACGUGUAUUUCCGCGCGUACCAAUACUUCGAGGUCUCCGAAACUGUCUACGAAGCAAUCGCCGUAGCCGCUUUCCUGAUGCUCUGCUUGGCCUAUCUCGCCGAUGGAGAUGUCGUUCAAGAGCGUGCCCGCUUCGCUGCCAAGGACAAGACCAAGCUGCCGAUCCCUCUGUGCUGUUUUCGCUACAGACCGAGCAAGGCCUACUUCCUCUAUAUCCUCAAGUUCUCCGUCGUACAAUACGUCGUGAUCAGGCCCCUCCUCUCCAUUGCGGGCAUCGUCACGGAAGCGUUCGGCUUGUACUGCAACGAAACCUACUCGUAUAAGUAUGCACACGUCUACAUAACCGCAGUGGACUUCGCGUCAAUCUCGGUGGCACUGAUGGCCUUGAUUGUGCUCUACGACUUGAUCAAAAAGGAUCUCAGUGGGCGUCGCCCGCUUGCAAAGUUCAUGACCAUCAAGCUCGCAAUCUUCUUCUGCUUCUAUCAAAGUUUCGUCUUCUCCAUUCUCCAGGAUCACGGCGUAAUUCGGGCCUCCCAAUACUGGACCUCCACCAAUGUAGCCGACGGACUCAACUCACUAGCUGUAACCCUCGAGAUGGUCCUCGUUGCUGCCUUCCAAGCAUGGGCAUUCCAUUGGGGAGAAUAUAGAGAGCACGGCAAGCAGCUACGCCGUGAAGAAGAAGAGAUGGAGGCGUUGCAGCAGGAGAAGCUGCGCGAGGGCGGUGACGACGGUAGCGACCCACAGACGCAGACGCAGACGCCUCGUCGACGUCGCCGCGGACGGUAUACCAAUCCGCUUUACGCUAUCUGGCUCGCUCUUUGGCUGGGGGACCUCUUCGCAGAGCUCUGGUACUCAAUGCGAUUCGCCUGGGAUCGUAUGCGAGGGAAGGAGUAUACCCAAGCGGACUAUCGGUAUGCCCUCGACACUGCCCGCGCCCAGAACGCCGAGAGCGCAGCGGCGAAUGGUAGACAUGCUCCAGACUCCGAGGAGUACGAUCAUUUCGCUGCUUUGAGUGCAAGCCCGAGAUUGGGCGACGCUACAAUAGGCCGCACUCGCACGGGCUUGACGACCACCUCAGCUGCUUCAGCAGGGACGAGACUUGGGCAGGACAAGUCUGCUGGUCUGGACUUCCAGCAUAUCUUUGCCGCUGCAGCUGCUCGGCCAGCUGGCGCGGACGGUGAUGAGGGCGACGUAAGGGGAAGUGAGAGUCGGGCGGCUCCCUCAUCAUUUGGGACGCCUGCAGAGUACUCGCCCCGACAGCAGCAUCAGCAGCCACUCUGGGGCAACCAGCAGCAGUACCAGCAACGGCAGCCUCAAUACCAGUACGAGGACUCAGCAGCGGGCAUGUACGACAUGCAGGAUAUGAGAAGAGGCGGCCCCACUCUGGCGGGCUACGGCUCGUACGACACCCGUGGCUAUGCACCGCAGCAGCAGCAGCAUCAGCCCCAACCAAGCGCAGGCGCUUGGAGUGGCCGAUUCGCAGGCAGCUCAGCCGCUUCAACACCGAUAUCGACCGCGGCCUUCCCCCAGCCUCCCUCGUCAGCAGCGAGAUGGACAGAGGGAGAUGACACGCUCGUGAGUCGCGGGUACGACGAUGGACGCUACCAGCGGAUCCCAUACCGGACGGCGGAGCCAUCUGGCGCUGGCGAUGCUCAUCUAUACAAUGCUGCUCAGCUGAAUGCACACGGACAGCAGCAGCAAGGACUAUCUUCCGGAUAUCCUCAGGACGACGCUGCUCAAAGCGAGGCAGACAAGCGAAUGAGUGUGCUAAGCUGGGAGCCGCAGGCAAUGUAA